AUGGAAGGAUCCUUAUUUGUGAGAAAAGGCGCAUGGAGUAAAGAGGAAGAUGACCUUUUGAGGGCUUGUGUGCAACAAUACGGGGAAGGAAAAUGGCACCUAGUUCCUGCAAGAGCAGGCUUAAACAGAUGCCGCAAAAGCUGUAGACUGAGGUGGUUGAAUUAUCUAAAACCAAAUAUCAAGCGAGGAGGGUUCACUGAGGACGAAAUUGAUAUGAUGAUAAGAUUGCAUAAACUUUUGGGAAACAGAUGGUCCCUGAUUGCUGGAAGGCUUCCUGGAAGAACUCCUAACGAUGUGAAAAACUAUUGGAAUACCUAUAUUCGAAGGAGGGUAUCCUCUCAUAAGGAAGAUAUCAAUGCAAAGCCAAAGGAAACAGUGAAACCUCAACUUGUGAUAAAGCCUCAGCCUCUAACUUUCUCAAGAAAUUCUCCCUGGUUGAAAAGGAGAUUCAUUAGGGAAGAUGAGAAUAAGACCAAAGAGUGCACUACUGAAACACAUGCAGCUUUAUCAGAGAGCAAUAAUUGUUUGGAUCAGUGGAUGGGAACUGUGAUGGACGACGUGAGAGUCAAUGCAGAGAACGACAUGGACUUUCUUAUAGAAGAUCAAUGUUGGAGUGAUUUUCUUCUUGAUGUCAAUAUGUGGGAUUCAUGA